UUUUACUGCCGUUCUUUGAACAUCCUACUGUGAUUACCUCAGCGAUUUUUGCGAAUUUAUCGAUAGUUGUUGACGUUUCGAGAAACAAAUAUUAGGAUCAUGAUGGAGAAUACAUGUACAUCAUCGAUGUCUGCUUACUACCAGCAGAUGACUAGCUGGAUUUGUAGGCAUGUCCGUCCCAAUCAGUCAGGGAUCUCUCGGACCGCAGUACAGGUUCUUUCUACAACCUCCUGCAUUCCAUCUGAUAUCCACUGCCCGUCCUCCACAAGACUGAGUAAGACUUGGGCUAGGCGAAGAUCUUAUCCUAAACCUGAGUAUUAUCCCGACAAAUUAGUUGACGGGAUUUGUGGAAACUCCAAUGCCCGAAGCAAACACAGAGAGGCCGAUGAGAAUGACCAACCGAUUUGCUGCCUCUACCUACCAGGCCUUCCGUUUAGUAGAUGGAGACGCCGUAGACAAGCUAAAGUGGCACCCUUCAUACCACUAUCACCCCCAAUAAAACCUACCGUGACAUCGCCAACGGCUGGUCACGAGGCUCCUGCUCAACCCAAGGCAACAGAGCUCUCUGUGUUCGAUCUGGAGGACGAAAACGACCAAGAGAGCCCAAGCCUAGGUCUUCCAUCUAGGCAGAUGAUAAAACAAGACUUUGAUGAAUGGCGUCGGAGAGAGAGAAGAGUCACACAUAUUGGACUUGAACAAGAUGAGAUUCAAGGUAUCUCAAGAGAAGUUAUCGCCUUUCCACCGAGACCAAAGACAUCGAGGGGACUCAGAAGUGAAAGUGAACGGAAAGAUAGACCCUCUGCUGUGAAGACACUGGAGCUGUCAGGUCAUGAGGUCAAUAUGUGGAUCAGAGAAUGCGCUGAAGUGCUGAAUCCUCAGACCCUUGGAUCAAAAACAAUCAACGAGCCAGGAAGCUCCAAUGACAAUCUUGAUGAGGAAAAGAGAGUCAGUGUCAAGUCAAGGGGAGUUUGUGACACUUUCGAACAGAAGGAAUUAGUUGUCACAGGACAUAAACAAAUCCUCGCAAACAACGACACCCAGCGCGAAUAUGCAGGAAGAUCAACGAAGACAUCAAAAGUAGAACCCCUUCCCCCAAGACCGAAGACUUCAAGAGGCACCAGACGAGAAAACGGAGGAGGGGAUUCAUUAUCAGUCUCCAGUGCAGUGAGAGUAGUGGAAGCUGGAUUGGAACAAGCUGUCAGAGACGUGUUAGUCCUUGACACAGCCGAGUCUUUGGAACUUACAAAUGAGAAGAGACACUUCUCCUUGAAGGAUUCACGAGGCUCUGGUAAGGUGUUGAACCCUGGGGAAAAUUUGGAUGAGGUAGAUGAUGACGAAAGAAACCCAACUCACGCGUCGGGAAGAGUUGAUGAACAUAACACAAAGGCAGCGAAGGGAGAUGAAAUGGCUCCCACGUUAGAUCAAGUCUCACCACCAAAUUGUGCGAAACAGAAUCAACCGAUAACUCCAAAGUCUUCUAAAAAUUCAAUGGAUGCAGAUGAUAUGAUGAUAACAGCCGAACAGGAAAUGGAGUACGAACGCCAACAGCAUGAGCAGUGGCAACUAGCUGCAAUUGGUGAAUGGUCCACUUUGUGUCAAGACCAUGAUGAAGACGAUUAUGAGUCAGAGUGUUACCUAAGAAUGGAUGAGUUCCAGAAAGAAACAGCCAUCAUGAUGGACUGGAAGGCUAUCGUCGAGCAGUAUCGUACUGUUGGUGUUAUCCAGGACCUACAAAAUAUAGAGACGUUAUGUAAGAGCACCAUCAACCAGAGCGAAAGAGCUCUGCGGCAGUUUGCCCGGAUCUGUCGCGGUCCCGUGCCACUAUCAAAGUCGGGGCAAACUAAAGCCGAAGCCAUCGCUUCACUCUCCAGAAUAGUCCAGAAACAGACCAGGAGGAUCUGUGAAGAUAUCUCCAACGUCUUCUCAGAGUCCUACCAAAUCUUGGAGGAGUUGGACCUCUUGAGGGAGAGACAGGAUCGAGUGGAAGAAUCCCUACAAAGGGAUCUGAGAGAGAAGGAUGCAGAAGAAGAACGAUCUCGGUCAAGUUCCCUGAGUUCAACCGCCACGCCGAGGCUAACAUCCAGUCGGCUACAACAGAGAGAGAUUGACCAAGACCUGGUGGACAGAUACAUGGAAUACCCCAGGGUGAAAUCCACGAGUCUAUUCAAUGUCAUGCCGACCAUUUACGAAGACAAAAUUUUCCAACUGAAUGAAUAUGAAGAAGAGGAGGAAGAGUUGGAAAGUGAUUUACCGGAAUGCAAAGGAAUGGAGGAUGUCUAUCUUCAUGAAGAUGACGCCAGAGAGCAUGACACAGCAGAGGACGAUUGUCCAGAUGUUCUCCUCGUGGAGGAACUGGGAGUUAAACAUUGAUCAACGCAUUGGAACGCAGCACAGAAACAAGAUGAGGAUGAACGUGAAAGUGAAGCGGAAGCAUUUGAAGAGAUGGAAUAGGAGUUGACCUACAGACUGCAGAUUGAUGUAUAUAGAGAAAGCUUAAAGGAUAAAUCUUGAUGGAGAUGUUGAGUGUUAAGUCAUAUUUCAAAUGGACGGUGGUUAAAUUAUCACUAGUAGCGACAUGUCAUUUUGGUUUCCUUAUUUUCCUUCAUUCCUUUCAGCCAAAUAUUUAGGUAUGAGAACGGAACGAGAUGGGAUCGAUCUUACUAAAGCUACAACAGGAAAGGAAUGAAAUAGUAUCCAGUGUUAUUGGAAAGUGCAUUUUGUAGAGUUCCAUUGAAUGAUCUACUAAUCGUAUGAUGUACAAAUAUAUUGUGCAAUCUUGGUAGUGCUCUAAUACAGUUGCACGCUGCAAGUUGCAUAGUUUAAGCCCCCGGAUGAUGAGGGGUAGUUUUGGACUUGUUGACAAAAGGUUGUGGACUCUUCUCAAGCCGGGAGUGGAGAGACACCGGCAGAAACAUUGAAAGAAACACCGUACCUUAACUUGUCGCUGCCAUUCGUAAUUAAGAUGCUAGUAAUUUGGAAGUUGGUAUUUAAAGUGUAUUUUUUCUUUGAAAGAAAUUCGUGGAAAGUAGCAAGACAUGGAAAGUCAUUUUGGCCUGAACAGAAAUAUGUAUAAAGUGGAAACUCCUAGCAUUAGACCUAAAAGAAAAUACCAAAAUCAUUGUAUUCUUGACAAAAAUUCAGAAGAUUUUAUCUUAAGCAGGAUAAAGAAUAAGUAAAUAAAAAAAGAAAGAAAACCUUUAAAAGAAUUUAACCUUUUUAAAAACGGGACGAACUAUUAAAAUUAACCCAUUGUUCCCAGGUGCUGUUUGAAAGUAUUCGAAGUCACCUGUGAAUACAAUUCGCCACAGGUAUUUUGAACGUUUAUAUAUAAAGCAAUCAAACUGGAAACAUGAAUGCUUUUGCUCGAAUAAAUUUUAAUAUGAGAGGUUUUUACCGCACUUAAAGUAUUACCAUAGAAAAUUUUUGCUUUGAGAUCCUGGACACAAAAAUACUGUGUUUAUUUGAGGGUGAAUCGCAAACCCUUUUAAUAUUCAGUGAGUUUGUUCAAACUUGCCACGCUAUGGUGAAUACGCAGCUUUGGAACUCGGUUAUGAUUGUAUAAAAACAGAACAUUUUCACCCAAGUACCGAAAAUGAAAAUCUGUAUUCAUAGCCCGUAACUAGAUUUUUAAAAUGUAGCAUUUUGGAGAGAUGGGUGUUUCAUUUUCACUCUCAGUUGUUAUGGGCUAGUCAAUGCUUCGCUUUGUACACUAAGUCUGAGUGAAGAAAUGUUUUUACUGAUUAAAGAAACUUUUUUUUGUUUUUACAUAAUAUCCGUUAAUUGGGAUGUCGAGAAAGUUGCUAUGGUACAACAAAGCAAGGAAUUAUACAUACAGAAUCUGGAUUUGAUUAAUUAGUCUGAAUUACUUUUGGGCACUCAAUGUCGCUACUGAACGCAAACAGAUUCUGCAAAUGGCAGAUUGAAGUCCAAUGGUAAA